AUGAAGGUGUCGAAAGAUUUGAAAGAUUUUUUGUUUCGUAUAGAUGCUCCAAGGGUAUAUGCAAUUGACGAUAUUACUGUUGCGGAAGGGCAGCCUAUAUCUCGUUUAUGUAGCGGAGACUCUUACCCAUUACCUUUCUACACGUGGCAACUACCAAACGGCUCAAAAAUUGCCGGACCGUCCUUGAUAAUCAGAACUGCAACAAUUAAAGAUACAGGAACUUACACGUGUAUUGUUUACAAUACUUAUAAAGGUGUCAAUCACACUGUACGUGAAACUACAUUUAUAUAUGUACUGAGAGCACCUACAUCUAGUCCAAUGACAAGCAUAUCUGCAACAACGAAUUUAAAUGUUCAGACAGACUACAGUCUGAAGGAAGCUGUUGACGUGGCAUGCACGGACUAUCAUUGGUUCAUUACGGUUGACAUGGACAAAAUACGCAACAUCUACCCAAAAGCAAAGGCUUCUGAUAUAUACCUAGGAGAGAACAAAUGUAGAGGUUUAGAGAAAGGUUAUCAUCUCAUAUUUCAACAUGGCCUUUUUGAAUGCCUAACAAGUGAAAUGCUUGGUGACGGAAUGAAAGUGUAUAACAACGAAUUAAUUUAUGCGGAACACGAUCCUGUAUACCUGUUUAUAGUGUUUAGCUACAACUGGACAGUCGGAGUUGAAUGCGACGUAAGACAGAACGGCACUGCUAUAGGUGGAUUUCCUACUAGUGUUACCAACUCAACAUCUCAGAGCCUCGGUAGCCGUCAAUAUCCGGUCAGUGUUUCCUUUUACAAUGAUCAGGACUUCAUCAGAGAAAUCGGUAAAGGAAACCCUUUGCAUGCCAAGAUAGGUUCACAAGUCUACGUCAAGGUUUUUACCACAGCCACUGACUGGAACAUCAGAAUGCGGGUUCACACGUGUUACACAAAACCGACUGAGCAUGCGCAUGACCACAUGAAGUACUUCCUUAUAAAGGAUGGGUGUGAAGUAAACACGAACACGCAUAUAAUUUCUCAAUCUACGCAUGCGACAAGAUUUGUGUUUGAAAGUUUCGAGUACUCAAACAGCCAUGAGGGGAUAUAUGUGUUUUGUGAUGCUAUAUUUUGUAACUCCGACCGGUCGGCCCAGUGUCGUCAAACGUGCAAUCCAGUACCAUAAGUAAAUCUUGCAACCUGAAAAAAAUAUGAUUUUAUGGUUACUAAAACAGUUCAUAAUGUAAUUGAUUCCACAGGUGACAGUAACGUACCUAGGAUACAUUAUGGGUCCAUGAGCCAUAAACACUUUAAAUUUAUUACAAUUAUAAUGUUUUUUGGG